AUGGUCAAGCGGAUCCUCCGCUACAUUCGUGGCACCAUGGACUUCAGCCUCUCCCUCCACGCCUCCACCGCCACGGACAUCGUCGCCUACUCGGAUGUCGAUUGGGCAGGCUGCCCCGACAGGCGUCGCUCCAUGUCUGGCUACUGCGUCUACUUCGGACCUUCGCUCAUCUCCUGGUCGUCUAAGCGACAACCCACGGUCUCUCGCUCCAGCGCCGAAGCGGAGUACCGGGUUGUUGCUAACGCGGUUGCUGAGGUCUCCUGGCUGUGGCAACUCCUCGUUGAGCUCUCAUGUCCUGUCGCCAAAGCCACCGUGGUCUACUGCGACAACGUCUCCGCCGUCUACCUCUCCGCCAACCCGGUGGCCCUUGGACACAUUCGAGUACUUCAUGUGCCCACCUCCCAACAAUUUGCGGAUAUCAUGACCAGGGCCUCCCUACGACAUCAUUUGAGGAGUUCCGGUCCAGUCUAUGCGUUCGACCAGGCGAUGCUUCGACAGCGGGAUUGUUGA